GACGUUUAACGGCCACGCCCAUGUGAGUGAUUGGCAGAUUGCGGGGCGGGACCUGCGGUCAGCGGUAUUAGGGCGCCCUCUGCCGUAGUGUCCUGGUAUUCUCACUGCCUGCGUCUAGGCCGCGGCGAGGAUGGAGCCCGAGGCCUGGGGCUCUGAUCUGCUGUCCCCGCUCCUGGGCUACGUGCUAGCGGUCUGGUCUGACUUCAGUCGCGACUGGGAGAGUAACGACCUGAGAGCCGCCAUCUUUAAGCUACUGCUCGCCUGGCUGGUGCUCAGCGUCACCGCCAUUCAGCUGGCCUGGAGGAGCUACGGCCCCACUGUAAACGGGCUUUACUACCGCCAGGGUAUGGGAGGACAGAAUGGGGGGACCCCGGAGUAUCCGUCACAUUACCCCAUGUGGGAAAGCACCAGCACAGAAUCCCUAAAAACGCACCAGGAGUGACAGCAUGCCAACCAGCGAUGACUGUGUGCAAUGGAGGAGAAGACAUCAGCGCAGGGUCCACAGCGCAGUCCUCUCUGUGACUUGUCUUCUAUAUAUUAACUUCUGUCUGAACAGAGACUGAAAGAGGAACAGACUAACAAUGUCAUGUUACUGCGCUACCACCCUCCUCCUGCAGGGGGCAGAAGUCUUAUCCCAAUACUUUAGUUCAAGGGAACCAAUCAUCAGAUUUUACCCUAUAUAAUGCUUGGUAAAGUGUUAUAUAGGGUAAAA